GGCAGCUCCCAGCUGCUCCUAUCUAUGGUGUAAUGGCCAGAGGGGCCGUGGGUGGCAGGAGGGGGAGCCACUGGGAAACCGAUCACGGCUGCCCAAUAAAAAUCUCCGUGUGCUGGGCUCGCACAGCUGCCGGCCCCGGAGUUGCUGAACUUUGGGGCUCGUGGGUUGGCGAGGCAGCCCCGCUCGCUAUCAUCCCGGGAGGGACCCGGCGUGCGCCCUAACGCGCUGCGCCCCUGGGGCUCCCCAAGGCGGAGGCGCACGGAAGCCCCUGUGCGCCCUGCUCUCUCCCCCUCCUCCAGCUGCUAGCGAUGUGGGGCCGAUCUCCCUUCCCUAGCUAGGGCAUCUCCCUGCGCCCCACGCCUAGGCACUAAUCUCUCCCCGCACCCACGCACUUCUCCUCCUCCUCCUCCUCUCCCCCAGCGCCUGCCCCUUCCCGGGACUCCACGGAGCGUCUCCAGUAGCCGCGGGUCCCGGGCGCCCCCCGUGCCCCUGUCGGAGGGGGCAGGAGGGUGAUGGUCGGCUCCGCUCAGGUCCAAGUGGUUGAAAGGUGAAUCCGCCUCCAUUUCCGCCCGGCGACGGAGCCCUGCCCACCGCAGGGAGCAGAGGGAACCGGCGCACCGCCACUCCGGGCGCAGCCAGGCUGGGGUACGCCUGCAAAAUGGUCAGCUCCGCCGGGGAGAUUGCCGUGGUCGCGCUGGGUAUUUUACUAGCUGUGUGCCAUGCCUUGGAGAACACAACAUCUGCCUUGAGUGGUCCCCCAGUGGCUGCCGCAGUCCGUUCCCAUUUUAACGACUGUCCCGACUCCCACAGUCACUUCUGCUUCCACGGGACCUGCAGGUUUCUGGUGCAAGAGGAGAAGCCAGCAUGUGUCUGCCAUUCUGGGUUUGUCGGGACGCGAUGCGAACACGCAGACCUCCUUGCAGUGGUAGCUGCCAAUCAGAAGAAACAAACCAUCACUGCCUUGGUGGUGGUUUCAGUGGUAGCGUCCGUCGUCCUUAUCGUGGCCUGUGUACUAAUACAUUGCUGUCGGAUAAGAAAACAUUGUGAGUGGUGCCGAGCCUUCAUCUGCAGACACGAGAAGCCCAGUGGGCUCCUGAAGGGGGGAACUUCCUGUUGCCAUUCAGAGACAGUGGUCUGAAGGAGAACUGGAUCUGACCAAUAUAUUAAUUGCCAUGGCCAGAUGGGACUGCUGCAGUAUAAUAAAGGAGGCCUAUCCCAUUCCAGAGAAGAACAUUUUUUCCAUGGAAGAAAAUGCUCUGGCGGGGGAUUAGUAUCAAGCAUACACUACAUUACCUUGACUCUUCAUAUGCAUCCUGUAUUAUAGGCUGAGCUUUCAGAACCUUGCCAAAUCGAGGGCACCAUCUCCAUGGGGCUAUGCAAUGUGAAGCCAUGAAGUAACGAGUAGACCACCUCUCAACCACCAUGGACUCUUAGACUGUUUUUUAUGAGACUUCAGACUCGGACACGAGAACGACACGUGGGUCAGCUUCAUGUUUACGUAGAUGUGAUGAUUUGGGGGGGUGGGGGAGGGGAAGUAGGUUUGACACCAGCGAUUGGGGGUGGGGGAGGGAGCGUGUACAGUUCAGGUUGGAGAUUGCUUACUGGCUGUCUGUCGGUAUCUGUCCUGCUUUGAGACUUUAUGGAACGUACCUGAAGACUGGGUCUUUGGUUCAUGCAUUUGUUACAUAUUUGACUCAUUAGGAGGAGCAGUUGAAGGUCUCCGUUUUUCAAAAGAGAGAACGCAGCCCUUUCAAAGGAAUAUCCUAUUUGCCUGACUGCGAUGUUUUUCCUUUAUGCUGCCGGGGCCAUUGGGAGAUUCGCCCUGCCAGAUGAAAUCUGGGGCAGGGGAAAUACAGGACGAGGUGGACUGGCCGGGGCUAUCCUUUCCCUUUCUGAUGAUAUUCAAUUCCUCUUCAUCAGGAGACAAGUUGCAAGAGAGAAAUAGCAACGCGCGAGCCCGUGUGGCAGGGGGUGGAAUGUGUUCAAGCCCCCGCAGUCCUUUGCGUUUUAAAUGUGAUGGCAGAAAAUAUUACAAGUUAUUGAGGCAGAAAAAUGUGUUUGCAGGUUAAAUGUCUUCGGUGUUCUUGGAAAGCUGAAAAAAUGGAACAUGGAAAUAAGCAUAACAAAAUGGCGGCCAUUGGGGUGGUGGCAAUCUAGGCAUUUAGAGCCUGAUCCAAAGCUUAUUAAAGUCUUUCCAAUGUCUGUAAUGGGUUUGGAUGAGGCCCUUAGACAUGUGGCUUUUUGCAUUUCUUUAUGCUCUUUAGGGACUGUUCAGAAAACUUUAGGAGUUGCUGUGUUAUGACAGCGGGAAACCUAGGGCCCAGUCCUGCAAACCCUUCCACAUGGGAAUAGAAUAAGCUCAUGGGGUCUGAUUUUGAUCUUGCUUACACUGGUGUAACUCCAUUGGUUACUCUGGAGUGAGAUCAGAAUCAGGCCCUCCUAAGUAAAUGGGACUAUUCCCUGGAGUAUGGAUUAUAACUUGUAGGUAAAUGUUUGCAUACCCCUAGACCCUCUUUGAGUCUGAGAGGAUAAACCCACACCAUACAUUAUGCAAUUGGAUAACAAACUUGACAGUCCCACCUAUGAAAUAUUCUUCUGAAUGUUGAUCUGAAGUUUGCUUCCAGAUCUGCCUGGCAAAAUACAGUCCUAGAGUCAAAUUCACUUCUAUGGGCCUAAGUGAGACCUAUCCGUCCACUGAUGUCAGUGAAGUUUCCCCUGCUUACACCUGUUAGGAAUUUGGCCCUAGGUUUGUCCUGAUGAUUGAAGAGCAGAAUUUCACCCUUUUGUUUAGAAGCAAAAUGUUAUGGGAGGAAUGCUUGCAACUUUAACCCAGAUCCAUAGUAGGGAAAAUAGAAACAACAAUAUAUAUUUAUCUUAUAUAGAGAAACCACUGCCUUACUUAUUCAUUUUCAAACUCUUCCCUAAAAGAGGCAACAGUCUUAUGAACUUCUGGUUUCCUAUAAUACAGCAACCUAAUGACUGGCACCGGAGGAAAUUUCGAAAUAGAUACACAAGUGAUGGUUUGUUCCAUAAUCUUAAUUGUCAGAGAUCAGCAUGUUUCAACACUUUGCUGGACCUGCACCUUGACUGAGUCUGACGCGGUCUUCCAACGGCCCUGAUUCUACACCUAUUAAGUCCACUCCCCUUGAUUUCUUAUGGAGGCAGAUUGACCCCCCCAACCAAAAGAUGGCUUUUGUCAGUCUCUGCCCAGGAUUUUUUCCCUGCCCAACUCCGUUUAAUUCUUUGAUUUAUUUUUAAAGCUGAUUUGAAAAAUUAAUUUUAAAAUAGCAGCAUCUGUGUCUGAGAGGUGGAUAUGGAUUAUUGCACUUGGCAGUGACGUGGCAGGCACUUCGUCUUGAGGGUGUGGCAGCGUGGGGUGUGGUCUGCUCAAUUUCUGAGCUGAAUGUGUGACUCCAGCAGUGAUGCUCGGCGUCUGUCAAAGAGGAAAAGCCCAACACAUCUAAUGUCCUGAUUCUGUAAAGCAGUCCGGAUCAGCAAAGCACUUAAGCGUCUGCUUAAAGUUUAAGCAAGUGCUUAAGCACUUUCCUGAAUCGGGGAGUAAUUGCUGAAUUACCCACAUUUCUCUGAUAUCUUCUAAAACAUCAGAGCACCCUCUCCUUGGCUCAAAACAACCGGAGAAGAAAUAUCUGAACUGAAGUGCCAUGUAACUGCCCUGCAGCAGGUUAAUAGUUCUGCUCCAUUUCUGAGAUCCCUGAAAUCUUUUGUGUAGGGAUUGUCUGUUCUUGGUUUCUGAGCACUUCAGGAAACUUGGGGCCAAAUUUCCUGCUGGCAUAAGUGGCCAUAAAUUCUAUUGAUAUCGGUGGCACUCUGACCAUUUUUGUCGGUGGCAAAUUCAGCCCUUAAGAUUGAAGCGGUGUUGCUGAUGGCCAUAAUUACAAAGAGCUGUAUAAAUCGCUUAGUCCUGCUUUUUAGAACGUAGGCUUUAACCUCUAACCUAGGGCUCCCAAGAAAAGUUCGACCUGAUUUUUAGUGCCCUUUUUCACCUUAGAACAUGCAGAGUGCUCCAGCCAUGAGGAGUGGGGACUGUGGUUUUUAGCAUAGUUUUUAAAAAAUUGCGUCCAAAUGUCGUAUGGAAGCUGUGCAUUUAGGGCCCAAUUCCACAAGGAGCAGAGUACCUUAUAUUGCACCCUGCAGGAUAGUGCUUUUUCUCUCUUUUUUGCUUUUUAUAUGGGAAUAAGACUAAAGAAUUGAUUUCUUGUAGCCUAAAUUAUUUAGGCUUCUCUUCACGCCUUGAUUCAUGGGCCCAUUGGGGCUGUUAGGCUUUAUUUCGCAAGCCUUGUUCCUGGACCGGGCUGCAGGGUCAGGUCCUGUGACAACAUCCAUGAGCAGAGGGAUGGAUCUUGCAACUAACGGUUGGGUCAUUAGUUCUCUGACCACCCCACCUUGUCCUCAAACCUUCCAGGGAAGUUCCUUCUCAGGAAGCUGUAUAGCCAUUAGUGCUGGGUGCACCCCAAGAAGUUCAUAGGAAUUCAUUCAAAAGCCUGGGUCAGAUUUGCCGUGGAUGACGUUCUGACACUCUUCACCCCUCCCUAAUGGUGGUAUGGCUUUAAGCCUGAGUGCUGCUUUAACAUCCCAACUCAGAUGUUUUGCAUGUUAAGAUGGCACGAACACACAGGUAUCUGAUACUCAACGAGGCACGUCUCGGCUAGGCGCAGCUCUGUCCCUCCUUAUUGCCUGGAAAUGUAUUGAUAGGUAAGAAGCUCACACAUGCCUACUGAGUUGACCCACUAGUGAGAAUGUUCGUGCAGCCACUAAUUUGACCUUUUUU